GUUCAUCGCUUGUCUAACAGGUAUCCAUUUUUAGCCCAGGCCAGACGCUGCGGCGUCGGUCGAUUCGUGUCGCCACAGCAGACGGUUGGCGGAUUGUGUGGUGAGCACCUGCGCGCUCGACACGCGGAAAUUGAGAGACAAGAGGAGCAAGAGAGAGACAUCAAGCCGCGUGUGUCCACCGACCCCUACGUGCUAUCACACGGACCAGUUGGCGGCCACAUUCCUUGUAGCAGCCGGAAGCUGCCCCCUGGAUGCGCUCUCGCAUGCUCGCACACAGCAGCGGCCAGUGGGGACGAGCGUGCGCUCGCUUGAGGAGGAACAGCAACAGACCUCCCCAGUGGUGCGAGCAGAGGGAGCUGUGUACACAUUCGCACAACACACGGUUGACGAGUGUUCGAGUGCUGUCACUGGAGACACGACACUGCGUGGGACAGGAAGACCUGUCAACGUCUCUAACGUUCUCGGGUCCGCGCCCCGCCCACAGACGCGAGUGAUGUCGUUGCAGAGGACUGGCAGAUAGGCCAUGGGAGGAGGCUCCUCCGUGCAACUGGUUCUUGUGGGCCUGGAGAACACCGGCAAGACGACGCUGCUGUACCACCUCAAGUUCGGCCAGUACAUGCACACGCAGCCCACCGUGGGCUUCAACUGUGAGAAGGUGGAGCUCAACUCCGGCAACACCAAGGGCGUCACCUUCUCCAUCUGGGACGUUGGCGGCAAGGACAAGAUGAGGCCGCUGUGGAAAUCCUACCUCAGAUCCGCUGAUGGAGUUAUCUACGUCGUCGACUCCGCCGAUGCUGAGCGGUUUGAAGAGGCCAGGAUAGAGUUGCUGCGCCUGGUGAAGGGUCAGAACAACCCGAGUUGCCUGCCCACGCUUAUCCUGGCCAACAAGCAGGAUCUGCCAGAUUCCCUGGCGCCGGAGGAGGUUGCCAAGGUGAUGUCCGUGCAGGAAUUGUCCAGCACGCAGCAGUGCGAGGUACUUCCGGUCUGCGCCGUGACGGGCGAGGACUUUCGGAUGCCAUGGACUGCAUGUUCGACAUGAUCAAGAAAUGGCGGAAAGGCAAAGGAAAACACGGGAGGUGACAGGUUCUAGAGGAAGUCUUGCGAUGCGGAGGAGAUUACUUCCUUGUCUGUUUUUCUUUUCUCGUGUCGUCAUCGGCUGGGAAGAUGUGCGCUAGGUGUCUGCCUUGGCAAGAACUCAUUCACUGGCACUGACAUUGUGGCUGUCGGCUUUCAAUGUGGCUAGACGAGCCGCCGUAGUAGCAUAACUUACUCGUAUUCUCUCCAAAGUGUGUGUGUUUGUGUGUGGUGUGUGUGCAAAGUUGUUUUUUUUCUCCUCACAUCGAUCUGCAGACAUUGUCCCAAAUCUGAGAAAAUCCGACACCACACAGGAAUAUCAACUGCGUCUGUUUACGAGCAGGACAUUGCUGUGACCCUUCACGCCGACCUUCUGCAUCCUGUGUCUGUGAACAGUGUGUUGAGAGCAGCUCACCGCGCCUCUGACAGUGAAAGGAAUAAUUGGAGAUGUCCUUUUUUGCCAAUGUGACGCCCUCCAGUAGAAAUCACUGUAAUGGUGAGGGGGAAUGUAACUCCCAUUUGGUCAAACAGUUCAUCUUGGAGACUUCCGGUUUGGACUCCAGUUUGACGGAUUGUGAUUCUCUGAGAAUGUCUCAGGUAGGACAAUGAGAAAUGAAAAUCCGUGUUAACAAAAAAAGUGCUAAGAAGGGAUCUGUUCUCAUAAACGUGUUACUUGUGGCGGCAACCGAGAUGGGAGGACACUAGAUGCUGCACACAUGUUCUGAGGUCAGGUGAAACACACACACAUACGUGCACACAUUUACAUGCAUAUCACACACAGGUACAUAUCCACAUAUUGUGUAUGUGUGUGUAGGUGUGCCUGGUGUCACCAGCAGGCUUGUCGCCUGACAACUUGUGUCUUGGUCUGUUGAGUCUGUGAUAUGAGGAAGAAGUGCAGUCAGUGUCAGGUGUCGGACAGGAUCGCUCUGGUGUUUGCGUUGACGACAGCGAUAACGACGAAGAGAGCAAAAAACACUGAUGUAUGAUCAUACAUUUCAUGCCUGACUGGCGAACUAUCUGUCCUCCUCCUCUCUUUUCUUUUCUCCCUGCCCCUGACCUCCUCCUGUCCCAGUUGUAUUGUAAUAGUUUGCUAGACAUGUGAUGCAAGAGUGACGAGAGCUGCUUACGAGCGUGUGUGGUAGAGAAAGUGUAGAGUACCACAGAGCUAAACUGAGUUUGCCAACGACCAAAUUGUAUCCUCCAUGAACCCAACGAGACGGGACCAGUUCGGGGCAACACCUGACUAUUUGCAUAUUUAUGGAACAUUUGCUUUUGUUGUUGCUGGCUGUCAGCAGAGCGCGAGUUUGUUUUAUGUCCUCUUGGUGACAACGAUUGUGCCGCUUGCAAAAUGAGAUAAUCCUGAGUCUUGUUGCAAAGCCAUGUCGACAUCAUAAUGUACAGGGAUUCACAUGCCCGUGCAUGCUGCUUAUUCCUUGAAAUUUGCUUAUCGUUUGAAUUAAAAAAUACUUUUUUUAACAAUAGUUUCCCACUCCCACAGAAGAACGAUACAGAAAUGCAAACGAGCAAUGUGUUUAUAGCUGUGGACCCUAACUAACAGGAUCAGACUCAUUUGUAGAUGUAUUUAUAGGUAAAGGUGAAUGUCAGUGUAGGAUUUAUUUGACGAACAGGCAACCUAGGUACAGAAAGGAUGUACUGUUUGUGAUUCAUCCAGAGCUUCAGAAAAAUGAAUUAUUUAUGAGGGUUAGCGAGGGUAAGAGCAGUGGAUCGGUCCCUUGUCGAUGCAACGAUAUGUCAGGCUAGCAUGGUCCUCCUUAAAGACCAGAGCCAUCACCUGUGUGACUGUCUUUGUAGUGUUGAACGUUUAUGUUAUGUAAGUGAAAGGAUGUUUUUCUUUCUUUGUUUCAUUCUUUCAGUUUUUCAUGGUCAAAGAUAGUGAAUGAAAGCUUAUUGUCGCUUAAUGCUUGCUGUAGAUGAGCUGUGUUCACACAGACUGUCAGGCGCCCAUGAUGGCCUAAUCAUCUUUUAAAAUUUCUGAACUUCAAAGCAGUUCCAGAGGCUAAGAUUGUAGAUUGUGGUUCAGCUUGAAGGGAGGGAGAGAGUUACGAUUGAUUGUAAAGAUAACAGUGUUUUGUCAUUUCUCGCAAUGUCUCGUAAGACCUCGUGCAAACAUGGGAACUGACGAGAUGCUUUGUUUUUCUUGUACACAGGGUUAUAGGUGAGGUUAAUUGUUGACCUAUUGCAAUAUAUAUCCAACAGGUGUGGUUAUAUCUCAGUAGUAAUAACUCCUGUACAUGGAACGAACGCGGUGAAAAAACGAAUCAAGUAAUUGAUGUUUACAAGUCACGUGUCUUACUUCUAUCAUUGAUAAUGUCCAUGCAUUUUUGUUUACACGUGUAGUCAGUUCGAGAGUGCAUAUCUGAUGUUUUGAAAUUUAUUUGAAUAUUUAUUCGCUCAGAAUGUUUAUGUUGGAAAGGCAGCAGUAAUCAUUAGUUCGUUGUAGGUUUUAACCUCUGUUGUUGUUUUUUUUAAACAAUAGGCAUCACAUGUGACAACAUGUGGCGAUGUUUGCAUUUUGAAAACUUCAGUUACAGAGAAGAUUAUGUGAAGUUGCUUUUGUGGUUACUAAAACAUGUGCAGGUUAUUUCUAGGUCUGUAGUGCAGACUGAUGCUACAGGUGUCAUAUACUUUUUUUUAUUGCUACAAACCAUAAUGUUAAGCCCUACCUCUGUAGUACAGCAAGCAGGUAGAGAGGCAACAGAUACAGGAUGUUUGUUUGUUUACGAAACAAACUUUCCUAACGUGAACGCUUUUCAAACUCGGUAUUACAAAAGACGGGUGGAGCAAAAGCGAAACAAGGAAAGUGGGUGGAUUUCAGGUGACGCUACUUAUUUACUGCGUACAGACAAUGUGAGUGAAGGGGUAUUAAAGUAUUUAAAUUUCUGUUAGAGAGUGUGUGUGUGGCAAUACGCGGGUCAAGGUGCAAGGGUGAAAGGUCUCUAAACUGAAACCUUAUCUUCAUGUCUAAGAGAGGACGGGUAACAGUCGUCUUAGUUUGCGGGUAUCCUGAUAACUCGAUAUUUUUGAUGACUAGCAGAGAGCUUGGACAUUUCGUGACUGUCACGAACAUGUGCAAACUGAUAAAGCCAUGUUGAGUAGUAUAAGAGAGAGAGAGAUACGGUUGGCUGAUUUCCUAGGUCUAAUAAAAAUUAAAAAUCGGGCAAAUAUUUGCCAUGUUGCGGUCUACAGCCCACAGUAAGAUCCUCCUGUUCAGGAAUUCAGCCGGUGGGGGCUAAAGGUUCAAGCGUCAACCCUCCCAAGUGUGACAAAGUCCCAUUGUGUUGGCAAACAAGAUUCAGAAAUAUGGGCGUGCCAAACCUUUGCUUCUCCCUGCACCCUCUCACUCCUACCCCUGCUGGUAUCUGUUAGACUUCUCUCUCCCCGUGUAGUCGUAGUCGUUGCUGCGGGAAAUCAAUUCCAUCUACACCCAACUCGCCCAGUGCAUGGCUCCUCCCUAAUGGUGUGUGACGUGACCGUGAUCACCGCUCACUCACAUGGCCAAACCCGGCGCCGACAGUUAGAAAAUGGAAACAGCACUCGUGAGGCCCCUUCAGUCUUCUCCAGGGAAGGUGUCAGGGUUGGGGCGUGACCUCGCGAAGAAAGACCCAUUCAACAUUGAUUCCAUCCCCCUUUUUUUUUUUCAUUUUUAACUUCAAUGUGUGUAUUGUUUACAACUUCAAUUUUCUUUCGUGCUAAAGUCAAUCAAUACACCCACGGAAUAUUUUCCUUCCCUAGUUUAUAGGUUGAUAAACAUAUCUAGCAGUUUCCAGACGCGUGCCGACACGAAGGUGCGUUAGAGGAGCGGUUAGCAACCAGAUGCGUGCUUGGACUCGCUAAGAACCUUUCUCGUCUCUCCGAUUGCUAACGGAUAGCACAUUGGCCAUCAGUUACCGUUCAGCAGGAAUACAAGGUGCAUUUAAAGUUGAUUCCCAGCUUCCUGUUGCAAAGACGCGACUGCUGCACGCGAGGCUAAAAAUAGAAGAUGGGGAGGAAAAGCUUGCUGCGUGUUUGUAAGUUUUGUCAGGUUUGGAGGCUAGACGUAGACACCACAGCAAAUCAAUAUCCGAAAUAUCGGGCGAAACAACACGAUGUUUUCUUGUGACGGGGACCAAAUCUCAUCUUCAUCGACCUCUGACAACAAGGCAAGCAGAGCUGGGCACAAUGGCGGGGGAAUCUCAACGGUUCAUCUGGCGCCACUCUAUCGGUUCUCCCUGCGAUUCCAUAGAAGGACCCAGAGACAGAAAUGUUUAUUAAAUCGUUUCCUUGAGUGAGUGUUUGAAAGAGGACGGAAGUGACUUGGCGACUGAUUCUGUUAAGAAGAGGGGCGGUGGUAGUUUGAGAGAAGGAACUGGUGUUGAUGUUUGGAAACUGAAAGUAAAUCAUUGUUUACAAAGUAAAGCAGUUCGAUAGAGAAGGGUCAGGUCACUUUUUUUGAAAAUGUGACCACAGCAAACGGUAUUGACUUGUUUGAAGAUGUUUGUGGCCAAGAAUUCAAUGUGAAAAGCGUUUCUCUUUCUUUUUCUUCCUGUCUCUCGCAUCCUCCAUCUCUCUUAACAUUGUUAAGCAUGCGCGCUGGCGCGACUGUGUUGCCAAGUAUUUCCAGACUUACAUUUGUUAUUAAAAAAGUAAAUUUAUGACGAAGAGAACACAUGCCUCAUCAUUAAAACUAACUUCACGAAAUGAUUUCCUGCAAUGUGCACCAAAACAUCUGACCAUGAGUAUGUGCAAUAUUUAUUCUGGUUGUUAGGUGGGUUUUGUUUCGCAUGGUUGUAUUUCUAGGUUUCGUGUGAAAGUGUCCACAUACUUUGUUGUAAUCAAACUUACACUACCUGGCGGAAUUAAUAUAUUCCGUCGAGAAUUCCGUUACCUGUUCUCAAACCCGUUACUAACGACCCCAGCUAGCGCCAUGAUUCCUCUGCCACCGGAAGUACAACAUUCCGGGAGCGAGCCAGGACUUUUGAACAGAAUUUGUCGCAAGCUGUGGACAGUGACUGACGGCUCAUGCAAUAUAUAUAUACAUUAUAUAAGGUGGAUGAAGCUUACUUUGUUCCUGUUUUCAUAGAUGUUAGUCUGAAUGUGUGACAGAGUAAUGUAUUGGAAGGCGUGUGGUCCAGGAAACUAAUUCAUCCCUGUAUGAGAUGGCAUUCCAUAUUGCAGAACAUAUUUUACAACCUUACACGUCUGAACGUGGUUCCUUGUUUUUGUGGGGAGCAGUGUUCAGGAAAGUAAUAAUAAAGACAUUCUUUCUUUUA